AUGGCUGCAACAACUGAAAACGAAACUCUGUUACCAUUACUUGAUAUUCUCAAUGGAUCAAAUACGACGGAUAAAGAAAUAUUUGUGGCCAGCACUGAAGGAAUGUUAUUAUCCUAUUCGUUUCUGCUUGUUUCUGCACUUCUAUGCGUUUAUUUUGGUUCAUAUCGAUCAAUAACACAUCAGGAUAAACAAAAAAAAUCCGGAGAAAAACCUGAAGUACUUACAGCUAAAGAUGCUGCUAUGUUUCCGUUUAUUGCAAGUGGAUUUUUAUUUGGUAUUUACGUUGUUAUAUUACUUGUCUCAAAAGAAUAUAUAACAUUCGUUUUAAAUAUCUAUUUUUUCGUUAUUGGAAUUGUUGCGCUCUUUCGUGCCAUACAUCCAAUUGUCGAUCGAAUACGUUUACCAUCAUUGGAAAAGCUUCGUGAACGACAAUUUCAUUUGAAAUUAUCCGAGAAUAAUACUUCAAACAAUGAUAUAAUGCAUAUAGAUUUUAAAUUUAAUUUUCUGGACAUAAUCGCAUUAUUCUUCUGUGUUUUAAUUGGUGUUUGGUAUUUACUCAAACGUCAUUGGAUAAGUAACAAUAUAUUUGGUAUUGCUUUUUCGUUAAAUGCAAUUGAAAUUCUUCAUUUCAAUAAAGUUUUCAACGGAUGUGUUUUACUUGGUGGCUUAUUUAUCUACGAUAUCUUUUGGGUUUUUGGCACCAAUGUUAUGAUUACCGUCGCGAAAUCAUUUGAUGCACCAAUCAAAUUAAUUUUUCCUCAAGAUUUACUUGAAAGUGGAAUAUUUGCAGCAAAUAAAUUCGCCAUGCUUGGACUCGGUGAUAUUGUUGUUCCCGGAGCAUUUAUUGCGUUAUUACUUCGUUAUGAUAUGACGCGUAAAUCAAAAUCACCACUUUACUUUAAUGUUUCAUUUGUUGCGUAUGUUAUUGCAUUGUUAAUAACAAUUCUUAUACUUCAAAUAUUUAAACAUGGUCAACCGGCUUUACUUUAUAUUGUACCACUUUGUGUCGGUUUUCCAUUGUUAACAGCAUUGCUUUGCAGAGAUUGGACAGCAAUGUUUGCCUAUGAAGAUCAUCCAACACCUAAUGAAGAAGUUGAAAAGAAAAAAGAAUAG